AUGUCUCCAAUUCUCAGUGAACUCCUCCUUGCUUGUUGUAUGAUCAAUUCCACCUUCCGGCGCAGGACCCAUUUAGUUCAAUCUUUCUCCGUCGUCUUCCUUUACUUUCUCUACUAUGUCUCAUAA